AUGUCGGAAACAGGAGCGACGGCGAUUCUGAAGGAGGAGGUGGACAUAGUUAUCCCCACAAUUAGGAACCUUGAGUUCUUGGAGAAGUGGAGAGCGUUCUUUGAACCUUACCACCUCAUAAUAGUGCAGGACGGUGACCCUUCUAAGGUCAUCAAGGUCCCCGAAGGCUUCGAUUACGAACUCUACAACCGUAACGACAUUAACCGCAUUCUGGGCCCCAAGGCCCACUGCAUUUCCUUCAAGGACUCUGCAUGCCGCUGCUUCGGCUUCUUGCUCUCCAAGAAGAAGUACAUCUUCACCAUCGACGAUGAUUGCUUUGUUGCAAAAGAUCCAUCUGGAAAAGAAAUUAACGCCCUGGAACAGCAUCUGAAGAACCUUCUGACUCCAUCAACCCCGUUUUUUUUCAACACCCUCUAUGAUCCAUUCAGAGAGGGUACAGAUUUUGUCCGUGGAUAUCCGUUUAGUCUGCGUGAAGGUGUUCCUACAGCAGCUUCUCAUGGCCUCUGGCUCAACGUUCCUGAUUAUGAUGCCCCAACUCAGCUUGUCAAACCCCUGGAGAGGAACACCAGGUAUGUGGAUGCAGUAAUGACGAUACCAAAGGGAACCCUGUUUCCCAUGUGUGGUAUGAAUCUGGCAUUCAACCGUGAAUUAAUCGGUCCUGCAAUGUACUUUGGACUGAUGGGGGAAGGUCAACCUAUUGGACGCUAUGAUGACAUGUGGGCUGGCUGGUGCAUGAAGGUGAUAAGUGACCACCUGGGACUGGGGGUGAAGACAGGUUUGCCUUACAUCUGGCACAGCAAAGCCAGCAACCCAUUCGUAAACCUGAAGAAGGAGUACAAAGGAAUUUACUGGCAAGAAGAGCUGAUUCCGUUUUUCCAAUCUGUUUCUCUUCCCAAGGAAUGCACAACUGCUCAGAAAUGCUACGUUGAACUGUCGAAGCAAGUGAGGGCAAAACUUGGGAAGGUCGAUGAGUAUUUCAACAAGCUUGCAGAUACCAUGGUUACAUGGAUUGAAGCUUGGGAAGAACUAAACCCUUCUGGCCCACCAAAAUCUGAUGCAUUGCCCAAUGGCUCUGCCAAGUAA